AUGCCUUCUCCCAGCACUCCAUCCAGCACCGGCAACAGCAGCAGCAGCAGCGGCAACAGCGCUCUCUUCCUGAGCACAGCAAUCAACCGCUCCUACCACGUCGUAGCCAAGAUUGGCGAGGGUAUCUCAGGCUCUGUCUACAAGGCCAUCAAAAUUGGAACCAAUGAGAUGGUGGCCCUGAAGAACUUCAAGGGCGGAAGCGACGGCGAGCGCGCCUCGCGCGAGGAGGGCACCCUGCUCCUAGAGCUAAAGCACAUCCCUCACAUCACACCCGUACUCGACAUCAUCUCCACGCCCUCCGAGUACAACAUCGUGUUCCCGUACUUUGAACACGACCUCUCCGGCCUACUCAGCGAGCACCGUCUGACCCUCUCGCAGGCCAAGUGCUACUUCCAGCAGCUGGUCCAAGGCAUCUCCGAGAUACACAAGAACGGAGUCAUGCACCGUGACAUCAAAGCCGCCAACAUCUUAGUUAACAAUAAAGGAUCAUUGUUUAUUGGUGAUCUGGGCACAGCUACUUCGUACGUGAAGCGCUCUGUGUUCUCCAGUAAGGUCGUCACGCUCUGGUACCGCGCACCGGAGCUCCUGCUCGGCGCCACCAGUUACGGCCCCGAGGUCGACAUGUGGUCCAUUGGGUAA